AUGGAGGACACUCACUGCAGCCCAAUGGAGAAGUUCAAAGGAGGAAAAGCAUCCAACGAAUAUGCUUUGUAUCAAAAAACUGAGACAAAUUAUAUAGAGAUACUAGAUACAGUAUUCAACCAAUAUUAUUAUAUUGUGCUCAGGCCGAAGAAAUCUGACCGUUUUUUAAUGUUUCUUAGCAACCCUCAAGAUAAGCAAGCAUUAUCAAAGAUAGCGAAGUUAGUUCCUAAAGCAGAGAAGCUGGAGUAUAUUGCUUUCUAUGGCAUCCAGAAAAAUAACAAGAAGCUUAACAAGCUAUUAAGUCAAUUAAAAGUGAAAAAAUUGAAAAGACUUUACUUGGAUGCGAAUUAUCCAGAUUCAGUAUUGUUCAGCUUUUAUGCCAGAAACAUUGCUAGACGUUUGCCUUUAGUUACUGGGCAGAUCCGAAUCAAGAAUUUCAGAGUAUCCCACAGAGACUUUGGUAGAGUCCUAAUCGCUUGUGGAAGCUCUCCAAGUGUUCAGUUCCAAAGAUGCAGAAUCAUCAUCAAUGGGUUUGAUUAUCUGGAUAAUGUUCAGCCUUCAAUCGGGAAUAUCUCUUUGGAAUAUAACACCAUUAUCCAGCCAGAAGAAGACAAUGAGUUCUUGGAUGGGUUCAUACAGAAGAUGGCAGACUCAAGCCUCAGUGAGUCCUUGAAACAUGUAUCGGUGGGGAUUCGGAAUCCAGGAAGAAGAGCCAAGAGAAUUUUACCAAAGAAGAAGUACACAAUCGGAAACUUUGAUGUAGACAUUUAUUCAGCAAACUUUUAUAGCGAUUUCAACAGGUAG